ACGUCUUCUUAUGAAUAAUGUGAAAAAUUGAUUUAUUUACAUAAUAAAUGCCUAGAUUCUCAUGUUUUAUGAUGAAUAUUUGAAAUAUAUAUAUUGAGAAGUUAAUUUGAUACAUUAUUUGUAAUAAAUUUCAUGUAAAUUAUCAUAUUUUCAAUAUUAUCGUAGUAGCGUCUAUUCAUGAUUGUUUCAACAAUCAGCGUACCGGCAACGCAAUAUUUAUAAAAAAUACCUUGAUUAAAUCGUAAAAAUAUACAUAUUUCAAUAUUAUCAUUGUAACUUAUUGGUUAAAUAAGAUACUCAGAUAUAAUUUCUUCCUAUCAACUACAUUGCUUUUCAAUAAUAUUCAAUAAUUAAUUAACAGGAUAAUUUCAGGAUAAAAAUCCAGAGAGUUUAAUGCAAGUUGAGCUGUCAUCAAUAUCGUUAAGUGGCUCCGUUUGCACGAAUUCUGGCAAUCUUCAUGUGAAGAGCUAAUAUUCCCAACAGCACCGGAUGAUCCAGUUUGUCCCUGAAGACUUCUCAUCGUAGCAGUAACAUUAGCAUUGCCUCCAUUACCGUUACUGAAGAUUAAUUUAUUAACAAGGAGAUGGCAAGUAUGUUCAUCAAAUCGAACAGAGAUCGAACGUGUAAUUAAUAGUCAGUUGUGUCUUGCAGCCUGUAAAAAGAGUCAAGGUAUUCGAGAAUACUCAGCCUAUGUUUUGACAUAAUGCGACCUUGUAAGAUAAUCCUUUAAACGACGGAUGCGGGUGGUCUAAGUCACUUCGUCACCGAAUUUUGUUAAAACUCAUCGGCAGAAUAAAACGAAUUAUGGAAAAAACAGACAAAAGAAUUAGUCAAGAUGUAUAAACAGUUCUGAAAAUUUCCUUUUAAACAAUAUGCAACUAAAGAAGUGGAAGAAGAAUGUCAUGGAUGACAUACUGGAAAACUUAGAGCUGUACAUUUCUUAAUCUUCCGGGUGUAGACACUGGCAAUAUGGUGAGACUUCUUUGUGCCUGAAAUACGGUCUCGGAUCCUGCACGAUGUGGCAUCUGUAAUAACAAGCGAUGAAGUCUUGUUCUUUCAACCGUUUCCCUUCGUGAACGUCGUCGUCGUCGUCAUCAUCAUCAUCAUCAUCAUCUUCGUCGAUGUCAACUUGACGCAUUCAUCUGAACAACCUUGAGUUUACGAGGAAUCAAGAGCGAAUUAUCAACGGAGGAAAUUGGAUUAAUUUUCGUCCCGAGCAUUGAAAUACUUUCUCACUCUUAAUUCUCUUUUAUCCCACUUUUUCUCAUGCCGACAAGUAUGAGUUGCUGGAACGGAUGGAAUUCUCGUCAGCCUGUCUAUUAAAGCUGCAGUCAGCGUCGAAUGUCGAAUGCGACGGACGUGCGAUGGAUACGAAAAUGCCGCAGACGCAACGUACAUCCUUCUGAUGCUCAUAUGGAUAUCAUUUUCUUUUCCUCCUUUUCGUAUGUUUUAAUGCAAGUAUAUCAAGAUUCACCAAUUGACAAAUAAAAAAAAUUGAAAAAAAAAAAAAGAAUAAUUUAAUAAAAACACAAAUAUUAAAAAAUAUCAAAUCUAUUUACUGAAUAACUGAAAAUAUGUAUAAAUAUUAUAAUCAAUGGAGCAGGCAAAUAUUUCAAAAUAUUUCCUACAAAUACUCGUAAUGAAAUGGUUCUGAUAACAUUUUACAGUGAUAAUAGUUUAUAUGUUUCGAUUUCAUCAUUGACACGUGCUAUGAAUUUGAAAUUCAUAAUGGACGUGAACGUGCACUAUCAUCAAUCGAAUCAUACAAAAUUCAAUAAUAAAUAGACAUAGAAGAUGAACAGAAAUGGUGGAAUAGAUGAAGAAUAAGAUAGACAUUGAAAUUGGCAUUAACAGGUGUUGAUAACGCCACCAUGACAUCUAGUACUCGUAACGAGAGUGAGGAAAUACGUAUUUGCUUACUUCCGGAGGAUUUAGAAAUUCUUGAAGAUCCAAGAACAGCAUCAUUGAGAAGGGUCAGUUAUGGAAUUGUAUUACCAGCCAUCUGUUGCUUAGGAAUCAUCGGGAACAUCUUGAAUCUUGUGGUACUGACUAGGAGAAAUAUGCGUGGCACAGCAUACAUCUAUAUGAGGGGAUACUCAGCAGCUGCAUUGCUGGCAAUAGUUUUCUGCAUCCCUUUUGCCUUACGGGUGCUUAUUCACAAGGAGACAGGAAGAUGGAAUAAUUGGCCCCAAGCAUUCUACCAUGCACACUUGGAACUUUUUCUGGGCAACGGAUGUUUAGGGGUAGGAGUUAUGAUGCUGUUGGCAUUGACCGUAGAGCGUUACGUAAGCGUGUGUCAUCCAGGACAGCAUACACGUCCACUAUGUGGACCACCUCAUCUCACAGUCAGUUUGAUACCCUUGGCAACCUUUCUCGUUUAUCUGCCGAGUGUGUUUCGAGGUGAAAUAACGACCUGUCUGCUGUCACCUGGUGGUCCUCUCAUCUACCAAAAGCGUGAUAACUUGUCCUUUCUGCAUUCACUAUUUUAUCAAAUCUACAAAGUUGUAUUAGAGGUUGUAUUCAAAGUUGCACCAACAAUACUACUUGCUGGAUUCAACUUGCGAAUAAUGAUUGUAUAUAGAAGAUCAUGUGAGAGAAGACGAAGAAUGACAUUGUCAAGAACAGUAAGCAAUGGUGAUGAAGAUCCAAGAACAUUUGCAGAAGAACGCAGACUUGUUUUAUUGCUUGGAAGUACCAGCAUUCUUUUCUUAGUUUGUGUCAGUCCAAUGGUCAUUUUAAAUGUAACUUUGAGUGAAAGUAACUUGAGUCUUUAUCCGUAUCAAGUGUUUCGUGCUCUUGCCAAUUUACUGGAGAUAAUAAAUUACUCGAUAACAUUUUAUAUUUACUGCCUCUUCUCUGAAGACUUUCGAAACACCCUUAUUCGUACUCUCCAGUGGCCAUGGGGUAAAGCCGCACGAGAAAACCGAAGAGUACCAAUGAAAAGAUCACCAAUUCCGCGACCAACAACAACCACAACUCCACCAACUACUGCCGUUGCAACACCCGGACACGUAGCACGAGCUAGUGUCUAGUGAUUUGCUAAAUAAAAAGCUUUAAAGUAAAGAAAUAAUGGACUAAAAUUGCCAUUAAAGUGUAUCAAAUUGACUUAUAAA